AUGUCAACCACCUCUCGCGCCAUGUCUGCGAUCCCAGCUGAGGAGCUACCCAUCCUCGAAGCUCUGAUAAGGUAAGCUGAGCUCAGCACAGCACAAUCCUCUACACACAUGUGCUGACACCAAGCUUCAUCACGCGCUAGCAUUCGCAACCGUUUGACUGCACUCAAGAAAGACUCAAGCGAGUUCAUCAGACCUCAAGAUGUCCAACAAUUGUACAAGGAAGUCAUCAAACAAGGUGCGAUAUGAGCGCGCUGGCAAGGCACACUCAGCUGGCAGCCGAGCAUUACUCACCAUGAGCAUUGCUGCUCGUGCCAUCUUUCUCCCUGACUUCGAAACAGUCACGCGACUGAAUACGGUCCGCGACGAGGCAAUUGCGAGCGAGGUCUCCACUUCGGAUCCGCCACGCGCAAGCACAUCAACUUCCAGGGGUGGAGAGGCAGGCAGCGGGGGCGGAGAGGUUGACACGGCGGCGCUCGCGGCCACAAACAGAGUAGACACGACACUGAAUGACGUCUUCAGCCUGCUUAGUCUCUUCUUCCUCACGAUCGGAAAGAGCAGAGAGACUCCUGCCACUUUCAGUCAGAUCGGGUGUAUGAAGGUGAGCGGUCGGAGCCUUGAUUCGGAAUAGAGUCCAGAAGCGCCCGAGGCCAGCAGCAACGAUGUAAGCGCUCAGACGUCUUCUAUUGCGUACAAUCUUCCUUUUGCACUGCAGCAAUUGCUCGAUCAUCUUGCUGAGUCUGGCAUCUACACGGAAGCAGACCUCCAGCCCUUCUCCAAACGACUGGCAGAGCUUCGUGCUAUCAUCAAAAAGGACGGCGAUGCUGGCAAGCACCCUGUUCAAUUGACUAAGCUCAUGACCAGAAAACUUGAGGCUUGUGGUGCGUGGGAGUGCAACCAUGACUCGUCCCGAGCUUGGAAUGUCCUAAUUUAAACCCCCUUGAUACUUUUGACUCCUCACAGAGAAAGUCUUGCGGACUCUGGAGGGCACGCUAUCGGUUUUGUCCGUGGAGCUCGUCCCAAUUCAUCAGAGAUUGGUCAGUGUGCGGCGUCAAAUCGCAGCAGCUGCUGCAAAGCCAAAGCCCACCAAGCAAGAAAUCAAACAACUGCAAGAAGAGUUGCGAAAAAUCGACAGCAAGCGAGUGGACGGGAAAUUUUUGGGUCCCGGCGGAUCUUCUGUGCCUGCUGGACAAGCCAUCUUGGUGGGCAUCCUAGAGGACUGCUUCGAGAUUUGUCACGACAUCACAGUCAGGAACGACGACGUGCCGCACACGCUCCAGCCCAUCCACGAGAGGCUGUCUGAGAUCUGCGGUCAGCUAGAGCACCUAGUCCUCACGCAUCGCUGGACGCUCAGAGAGACGGAUCUCUGGAAUUACCAGGUUACACUCAAAGAGAUCGACAGGCUGCGAGUGAACGGUAAAUUCGUGGACAGCGAGGGCAAGCAGCCAGAGGGCCAGCUGGUUCUCCUUUACCUACUGCGGAGAUGCUAUGGACUGAUCUACCGCUUGGUGGCCUCCUCAGAGCCGAUCUCAGAGGAGCUGAUGCCGAUCAGCAACAAGCUCUCGACAAUUUCAAAGUGCCUGAAGGAAGUCUCCAAGUAUGGAGGGCCUUUCACGAUGAGGGACUUGUACCCUUACAGACUUGCUUUGCAUCAGAUUGACGGGAUGCGCAGCGAUGUCAAGGACAAGGAAGGCAACGAGACUGGAGUAAAGAAAUGGCUGGGUCGAGAUGGCAGCGUCCCCGAGGGCCAAGCGAUCCUGCGAGCUCAAUUCGAGGAGGUGGAGCAGACCAUCGAAGAGAGUGAGUGGCGCAAUGUGCAUGCCCUUUCUGGGCAAGGUCGCUCUCUGACAUCGGCUCGUUUCUAUAGUGCUCAAUCGCGAAGAGGAUGAUGAUGAUGACGAUGACGAGGGCGAAGAUGAGGACUGGGAAGGUUCGGCGGCUAGCGGAGAAGUUAGUGACUUUGACGACGAAAGCGUGGCUAGCGAAGGCGAUGACAGUGGUGAUGGCAGAACAUCCAGAAGCGGUCCUGGAUCGACUGCCGUGUUCAGCCCUUUCAGUCCAAGCCUCAGUGAUCCCUUUAACAACACAGCUGGGCCUCAGCAACCUCAUAUGAGCCCCUCGCUGAGUGCGAUGGCCGCAACUGCUCAGCAGCUUGCUCCGCCAUUCGCUUCAUCCUCGCCCACCACACCAAGCACGGCUAGGCCAGCACCAUCGGCUACUGUGGCACCCCCUCCCGGUGGUUUUUCACCUGCAGGCCUGCAAACCUUGGAUCGCAGCCAAGGAUCUGCCGAAGGGAGCGGUGCAAGCGCAAAUUUGUCCACCGCGGCAGCAUCUGGCCUUGUGGCGACUUCAAGCCUCGACGAUGGUGUUCCGGCACUGCAGCCAUUACCGCCCGGAGCGGCACCACUAGCAGUGCCUGGACCCUUUGCUCCUCCACCCGUCGAUGAGAUGCCCAUCCUAUCCGGUCUCACAGCGAGAGAAGGUCAUCCCGCCUUGGUCAGUGAUGGUUUGGCUCUGAGCGCUAGUCCUCCUGAGCAACCUGCUUCUUCAGUCGAUGCACUCAGAGCUCAAAUGAUGAGCACCAACAUCUCCACGCCCCUCUCUUCUCAUUCUUCUGCUGGUCCAGCCGUCUAG